GCCUCGGACCGCGGGUUGGGUCACAUCUGACAGUAGUUGGCGCGAGCGUCCCGUAGUGGUGGUGGCUGUUGCUGCUGCUGCUGCUCUCUCUCAGCUGAGGCGAGCUCCGCGGCACGCUGACUAGCAGGGCUGCGGACCGUCACGUGACGCAUAUCGCGGGUGAAGUGAGGCUCUGGACCUGCUGUUGUGCCGCCAAACAGUGACCGUUUUGAACCUGAACAAAACUGAAACACGAACUGCAAACGUGUUGCGGGAGGAGAGAGCUGGAGCCCAGGAGACGCUAUAUAAUGUCUCCUUUACCUCUUACAUUAUCAGCUACACAUAUCUGCUACACACGCCAGGCUUCCAGUAGUGCUUAGACAACUUAUCGCCUUCACUGCGUUAGUGUGUGAGUGUGCGUGCCUCAGCCUUAUUGCCCACUACCCUUCACCGCACAGGAUCAUGAGGACAACUUCCGUAUCUCGGCUGCCGCCGCUGCUGCUGCUGCUUGCCCUCUUCUGGCAAGAUGGCGCUGGCGGGGUACGCAUCACGAAGCUGGACGUGCCCGCCGUGGCCCUCGAGGGGGAUGACGUGCACCUCCGCUGUGACUACGAGGACGAGAGUGGUUCUAGUCUCUACACACUCAAGUGGUACAAGGACGACCAGGAGUUCUUCAGACACCAGCCAGGACGCGCCCCCAGGGAGGGAGACGACCACUGUCACGACCACUACCUCUACCACGUGGAUGGCGUCACCGCAGACUGCUGGGUGUCCACGGGGCGAGACGUGGUGCUGCAGAGCGUGACGAAGGCCACCUCGGGGGAGUACCAGUGUGAAGUGAUCGGCGAGCACCCCAAGUUCAGAAAGGAGACGCGAAGGGCACGACUCACGAUCUUCUCUGAAAAUCUCCGGGCGCCCCUCCUGCUGGGUGCCGAGGAGUCCUAUUCCUUGAUGGACUUCGUGACUCUCAACUGCUCGUCCCUCAACACAGAGUACAUGCCAGAACUCAAAUGGCUUAUCAACAACCGCCCCGCCAACCAGAGCAUGGUACGGGAGGUGGAUUCCAGGACAGCCGGACUCGUGUUCCAGGUACGCCCGGAACACUUCCAGCGCGGGGAGAUCAACGUCACCUGCGUCACCUCACUAGAGCCGCGGCACACAAUGUCCACCACGGUGCAGCUUCCCAAUCGUGACGGUCCUAGUGUUAAAGGAUACUUCUUCAACACAGGUCACCAAAUGGAGGCCAGCGGUAUACUACUGUUCACCCUCGCCGCCUUGUCCCAGCUCCGCACCCUCGCUAGCCCCGCCCUCUAAGAGACUAUUUGUACACCCUCACCCUUUCCCUCUCGCUCACCAUGUAUAUGUGUAAAUAAAUGUUUAAAAUGUACCACCUCUC